GACUCCGGCUCCCGGCACACACCGCGGCUGUUCCAGGUCAUUCCAACAUUAAAAUAAACGCUCUCAGAGAUGGACUUUUUAUCUGUUUUAAAAAAAAGCCUUUAGUCGCCUCUGAGCAAAGUUAAACAUCAAACACCGCGCGAGAUGAGUCUUCAUUGGGGGCUGUGAACUGAAAAUAAUUGUAGUGUCUAAUUGUGUGUUCGUGUCGGCGGUGACGUGACGUGAGGCCCGAGGUCGCUGUGGCGGGAAUGGAGGCGGCGCUGAAGCGGGAACUGGACACCACAUCGCUGCGGCCGUUCGGUCACGGAGGAGGCGGCGGCAUCAGUGAAGGGCAAAGCUUCCAAACUGACGCGGGGACCGUGUUUGUCAAAAUCAACCACAAAAGUCAAGCCAGAAGAAUGUUUGAUGGUGAAUUAGCAGGUUUAGAUGCAAUCUUGAAAACAAAGACAGUGAAAGUGCCAAAGCCGGUUAAAGUGAUUGACCUCCCUGAUGGCGGAUCAACGCUAGUGAUGGAGUAUUUAGAUAUGAGCAGCAUAAGCAAAUACAUGCCUGACUUGGGAGAGCAACUGGCAGAUCUGCAUCUGUCCAAUGCAAAGCUUCGAGAAAGCCAAAACAAAGAGGCACAGACUGUUGGCAAAGGAGCAGGGCAGUCUGAAAUCCAGUACAUUGAUAAGUUUGGGUUUCAUGUCGUUACCUGCUGUGGUUACUUACCUCAGAUAAAUGACUGGCAGAGUGACUGGGUGACCUUUUUUGCUCGCCAACGGCUUGAAACCCAGUUGGACAUGAUUGAGAAGGAAUACGGUGACCGUGAAAGCAAGGAGCUCUGGUCAAAGCUCCAGUUGAAGAUCCCAGGUUUGUUUGGUGGCAUGGAGAUUACACCAGCUUUGCUCCACGGAGACCUAUGGGGAGGAAAUGUUGCACAGUUGCAUGAUGGGCCUGUCAUUUUUGAUCCGGCUGCAUUUUAUGGUCAUUCGGAAUACGAACUUGGAAUAGCUGGAAUGUUUGGAGGAUUCGACAGUUCCUUCUAUACCGCGUACCAUAGAAAACUUCCCAAGGCUCCAGGAUUUGAAAAAAGGCUUAAACUUUAUCAGCUCUUCCAUUACCUGAAUCAUUGGAACCACUUUGGGACGGGAUACAAAGGAUCAUCAAUAAGCAUCAUGAAAGCUCUGGUCAAGUAAUUGAACAAAUACAAAUCCCUGCUGGUUAAAAAAAUACUAAUCCAUAGAAAUAGUCACAGACUGAUAACAAAUACUUUAUUUAAUGUGUGCUUGAUUCAAACGACUUAACUUAUUGUCUUUUUUUAAAGAAACACUAGAGUGAGAUUAUAACAUUUUUAAAUUAAAAAUCAGUAGUCUUUAAUGUGAAUGAAGAAAUCCAAAUUUAAUAGUAAUAAUUUGUUUCUGGUUAUGUUGAGAGAUUUCAUUGCUUUGCAUCACGGCUGUGGCACUCUGAUACUUUGAACACAACAACAUCUACAACAAUAACUUACAUUUGUUAGCGCCUGUCUACGAUAAUAGUGUGGCUGCAAAGCAAAUAAAGUUUCUGGACCAAUGUUGCAAA